ACACCUUUGAAAAACAUUCACUCCCUAAUCAAAACUUACUUUCGAGUGUCAAAAUUUAAACACUAGAAUACGAACAAGAGCGGGCAUGGAAACGAACUGAGGGCCACGAGUGGCUAGACUGAGGAUAAUGGAAGCACAUUUUGAGGUGAGAAAUAAUCAGAUUGACAGCUGUAGAAUAGGCCCAAGAACAGUACCAGUUACGUUUAUAUCUGGGAGUUCUGCGUGCGAAGACCAUCUUGAGAGGUAUAUCUGACACUUGGGCCACAUAAUCAGAACGAGGUCUACUCUUUCUUCCACCCACUUCGUCUCAGCCAGAAUCGUUCCGUUUGUAGAUUCCUUAGUUGAGUUAUCUAGCUCGACUUUGACAGCUCCAUUUCACAUUGUACCACGCACGAGUUCUGUUGAUUGGUCAUGUGCCGAGGCCGCUUUGGAGACUUUAGGAAACUGCCAUGCUUUCCUGCUCUUAAAGGUGAGGACUUCUUCCAAUUUUCAAGAGCUAUAAGCCUUGGACGAAUUCUGCUAGAGAUCCGCAAAUGGAUGUGGAAUUUCGGGCGGGCAAAAGACAUGCAUAAUACAGAACGAACACUACGACACACAUUCUGCAAGCACCGAAUCAUUCUUGCGAAUUGCUCUUCCGCAGGCCGACAAGUGCCGUCUUGACUCAUUUGUUACCGCGUACCCAGGUCCAGUAAACACCGUAAAGUGUUGCGCAUCAAGGCUCCACCACUGACAUCAUGGGCCCGUUGAACUAAUUUCCUUUCACCGCUGACCUCAUGCGCCUCGUUGAACUCUUUCUUAUUCGACAAUCACAACGAUCUAUACUUCUCGAACGGCUUGCUGUCGUAUCACUCUCAAGCCCAGCUUCAGUUCAUCGGUACGAAAGUCGAACAGAGGAACUAAAACAACCGGAAGCAAUCAUCAAAGAAUCACAUGAGGCCAAACCAACUAAAAUAACGGAGAAAUAACCAGCCGAAAGCAAGAAAGCGAUGGAACCGUAUGUACUGCGGAGGAGCAAGAGCGUGCGCAAAUGCGGGCUAAAAACCGCAGGAGCUUUGACGAAUACGCAGGGUUUGUCCACACGUCCACGAGUCUGGUAGUCUUCCAUGGACUCGGUGGAAACAGAAUCCCGAGAAGCAGCAGCGGAAGUGAGAUCGGACCAACCGCGACAGGUGAGUUUCAAGAACUUACUCGAAGGCGGGGAAAACGAAAUUUAUCAGGAAACUUAUGGAGGAAGAUACAGACAUGAGAGCAAAAGCAGAUGCUGUAGGUGCCGGAUCGGAAGACACCUGCACAUUUUGUCUCGAGCUGGUCGCACGAAAGAGGCCAGUUUGACUGACGCAAGAAAACAAAACACGAGAUCGUUUACUUCAACGCGAAGACUUCUUGUUCGCCCAUAAAGAAACCGGGCAGAGGAACCGCAAACGAGAGCGGGACGGCGAAUAGAGAAUGCAAUUCGGAGGAGGAGGAGGCGAGAAAAGGUGCCGCCGAAGAAGUCAUUACAAGUAGAACAAAAGAGGGGAAUGACAAUAAAUGCAUUUCUUAUUGACAUUUGAAUGUUGCGGUUUCCGCUCGAGCGUCGACUCGCCUUACCCUUGCAAGCCUUCUUGUUCUUGUGGCGAGUUACCCCACGUUUCAGGUCAUUGGGCGAUGUCGUAAUAUCUGCAGAUAUUGCUUUGACUCCGCUGAAUGAGGUCGAGAGAAGUCUCUCGCUUGACCUCGAUUUGGACGUCUCGGCCGCCUCUGAACUACAGUACAGUAUAUGCACACUGUGACCUACUUAUCCAGAACAUGUGUUGGUUUACGUGGCACCGGUAGAAGCCGGUGAGCCUGUGAUGCUUUUGUCACCAAUUUUCCUGAUUAAUUUGACAGGAGGACAAAGAUUAGAGCAAUGUUACAACCUUGGUACAGCUGGGGAAUGAUGGGAUAAAUAAAUGGUGGAGGAGUGGAGUCUGUUUUUAUGAAGUAUUUGAUAGUACUGUAAUUGAAUUUGAUAGAUUGAAAGUUCGUCUGAGUAGUGUGUAUUUAGGGGUGAUUAUGGUUAUGUAUGUGCUCCACCUUGCAGUCAGAUAAUGG